UACGGUUUCGACCUAUCGCUUACAAAGCCGUCCCCCGAAGGUGGUCUCUAUGGCAACCGGACGCGGCUGGAUUCUGAGGCAGCACAGCUUAGGCUUCCGGCGCUCGUCGAUUGCCUCCGGUGCUCGGCCGGGAAUUCACCCGCCGCCGCCGCCUCGCCUUAUCUCGCCCGCUGGAGAUAGCCCCAGCGCGGUCAGCUCUCCUACGGGAGACGGUAUUGAGUCAGAACACUCAGCUAUUAUGCAGCUUUCUGAAAUGAAAAAGAUGCACAGUCGCUGGCAAUUUGGGAAGUCUAAUAAGUCAAAAUCUGUAAUCUGGUUUGACAGCAUACCAUCAGAAAUACUUUUGAAAAUAUUCUCCUACCUAGAUGUUGAGUCUCUACUGUGUAUUGGCUGUGUGAACAAACUUUUUUAUCAUCUGUCCAAUGACAAUGUUAUCUGGUUCAAAAUAUACUCUAAGUCUUUUCUACCUAAAAGAAAAAAAUGGAGGACCACAUCUGUCAAGGAAACAGACUGCACGUCUCUGAGCUUUCUGGAAUUGCAAGAUUCCAAAUCAAGAUACUGGAAGAGAGAGUACAUUAUGAAAAAAAUAGCUGCUCAGAGAUCCAGUAUAAUUCAGCUUCUUAAGCCAAUAAACACUUACAUUGGUCUUCCACUUAAAACCAAAGAAGCUAUCAAAAUCUCUGGUCUGAGAUGGGUAAUCUUACUAAAGGACAGAAAUGGAAAGGAACAUGAAAUGGAUCAGGCAGACAUUUCUUUUAAUGAAACAUCUGUUACUGUAUAUUGGUAUAGUAAUAGAUGGCCUCUCUUAGAUACUGUGUCAACUUUGCAGUUAUUUGGAGUGAUGCCAGUACUUCUGGGUAAGGAUAAAGUGCAUAAUAAAAAUGGCCCAUGGCAGCGUUCUUUAAUUUAUGAAUAUGAGUUGGCUAACCUGACUGAAAAUGCAAAAAAGAUUGGUUGUGAUGCACUUGUUGACCUUUAUCAUUUUGACCAAGGGCUCAUGCUGGGACUUUGGAAGAAAAGUAAGAUUGCUUUUGUCAUGGCAAGUCUUCAUUACCACCAGCUCAUUGAAAGAAGCACUCUUGGUUCUGCUACAGUGAGACAUUAUACAGCCCCCAUUAAGGCUAUCCCAGAUGAUAUUGACCCAGAAUAUGGCAUGCAUGGCUAUCAGCUGCACAUUGACCUACAGAGUAGAGGAAAUACUUACAUAUGUAGUACAUUUCGCAGUUUGUUUUGUAAAAAAGAAUACGUUAGAAAUGGGUAUCUCAGGCUUACAGUAAUCAGUUACAAAAAUGAAGCUCAGCAUCUUCCUCUUGACGGAAACAUUGGGUUGUUUUGGAGGACAGAUGCAUUUGAAGGCACUAUUAAGAAUUGUUUCAUUAUGGAUCUGACUCUUCUGGAUGAUUCGCAAAAGCCAUUUUGGUGUGUCAGCGUUCCAGUAAACAUGAACUUAUCAAUCAAACUCUCUACUGUCUAUCGGUAUCUGGGACCUAGUUAUUAUAUGAAUUACGAGGAUUCAACUGGAAAAGUCUAUAUGGAACUAAUAUGGAUGGAAGAAACAAAUGAGUACUAUAUAGUUAAUCUAGUCAUUUAUUUGAGCACCCACAAAGUGAAUAGUUAUUUUGGCACAAAUUAUUGAAUUUUUUUUUAAGCAGUAUUGAUUUUCUUAAGAAUAAUUCUUUUUUAUUAUGUUUACCUAAAAUAUGUGUUAUAAAUGACAGAGCAUUGUACAAAAAAAAAAAAACCUCUUGGUUUCCUUGGUUGUAUUUGACUAAAAAGAAAAGCCUUUAUGUUGGGGAUAGCCUUAUAUUUUGAUUCUUUAUACAUUCAAAAUAAAUUUUGUUCUCUGAGCUAUCUGUAUCACUGAGAAAAUUCCAC